CCCCACUGACUUCACCAUAAAUAUCACUAACACCAUCCUCAGUCCCUCCCCUCGCCUCGACUACUGUAACUCCCUUCUCAUUGGCCGACCUCAUCGCAGGCUAUCCCCUCUCCAGUCUAUCAUGAACGCUGCUGCCAGACUCAUCCACCUCACUAACCGUUCUGUAUCCACCACCCCCCUCCGCCAAUCCCUCCACUGACCUCCACUCAGUGCCCUCCAUCCCUCUCUGCCAAUCCCUCCACUGACCUCUAUGCAGUGUCCUCCAUCCCUCUGCCAAUCCCUCCACUGGCCUCCACUUAGUGUCCUCCACCACUCUCUGCCAGUCCCUCCACUUGCUUCCACUCAGUGUCCUCCACCAUUCUCUGCCAAUCCCUCCACUGGCCUCCAUUCAGUGUCCUCCACCCCCCUCUGCCAAUCCCUCCACUGGCCUCCACUCAGUGUCCUCCAUCCCUCUCUGCCAAUCCCUCCACUGGCCUCCAUUCAGUGUCCUCCACCCCCCUCUGCCAAUCCCUCCACUGGUCUCCACUCAGUGUCCUCCAUCCCUCUCUGCCAAUCCCUCCACUGGCCUCCACUCAGUGUCCUCCACCCCUCUCGGCCAAUCCCUCCACUGACCUCCACUCAGUGUCCUCCAUCCCUCUCUGCCAAUCCCUCCACUGACCUCCAUGCAGUGUCCUCCAUCCCUCUGCCAAUCCCUCCACUGGCCUCCACUUAGUGUCCUCCACCACUCUCUGCCAGUCCCUCCACUUGCUUCCCACUCAGUGUCCUCCACCAUUCUCUGCCAAUCCCUCCACUGGCCUCCAUUCAGUGUCCUCCACCCCUCUCUGCCAAUCCCUCCACUGGCCUCCACUCAGUGUCC